UAAACCGCAGCUUACUUCUAUGAGUUCCCGUUUGCUAACUUUCUUUCCUUCAUCGUCGCUUGAUGAGAACAGAGCAGUCUGAAAACUUUCUGAAAAAUGUCUCAUCGUAAAUUCUCCGCGCCACGCCAUGGCUCUAUGGCAUUUUACCCCAAGAAGAGGUCUUGCCGUCACCGCGGUAAAGUUAAGGCCUUCCCCAAGGAUGACCCAAGCAAGCCAGUACAUUUAACCUGCUUCAUUGGCUACAAAGCUGGUAUGACUCACAUUGUACGAGAAGCCGAUCGUCCUGGAUCCAAGAUCAAUAAGAAGGAGGUUGUUGAAGCCGUAACCGUUUUGGAAACUCCACCAAUGAUUGUUGUUGGUGCUGUAGGUUACAUUGAAACUCCCUAUGGUCUUCGGGCUCUUGUAAAUGUAUGGGCUCAGCAUUUGUCAGAAGAGUGCCGUCGUCGCUUCUACAAGAACUGGUACAAAUCCAAGAAGAAGGCUUUCACCAAGGCCAGCAAGAAAUGGGAAGUUGACUUGGGCAAGAAGAGUAUUGAAAAUGACUUCCGCAAAAUGCUCCGUUACUGCAAAGUCAUCCGUGUUAUUGCACACUCGCAGAUUCGCUUAAUUAAGCAACGCCAAAAGAAGGCACACAUCAUGGAAAUCCAAUUGAACGGUGGCUCCAUUGAAGAUAAAGUUAAAUGGGUGCGUGAAAACUUGGAAAAACCCGUACAGGUCAGCAAUGUCUUUGGACAGGAUGAGAUGAUUGAUUGUGUUGGUGUUACCAAGGGUAAAGGUUUCAAGGGUGUCACUGCUCGUUGGCACACAAAGAAAUUACCACGCAAGACGCACAAAGGUCUUCGUAAGGUUGCCUGUAUUGGAGCUUGGCAUCCAUCUCGUGUGUCCUUCACCGUUGCACGUGCCGGUCAGAAGGGCUACCACCACCGUACCGAGAUCAACAAGAAAAUCUACCGCAUCGGUGCCGGUAUCCACACCAAGGAUGGAAAGGUUAUCAAGAACAACGCCUCCACUGAGUACGAUUUAACCGAUAAGAGCAUCACCCCAAUGGGUGGUUUCCCCCAUUAUGGUGAAGUCACCAAUGAUUUCGUCAUGUUGAAGGGUUGCUGCAUUGGCUCCAAGAAGCGCGUGCUUACAUUGCGCAAGUCGCUAUUGAAGCAUACUAAGCGUUCUGCUUUGGAACAAAUCAAACUCAAGUUCAUCGACACAUCGUCAAAGAUGGGUCAUGGUCGUUUCCAGACCCCAGCCGACAAGUUGGCAUUCAUGGGCCCACUCAAGAAGGACCGUCUCAAGGAGGAGGCUGCCGCCGCUGCUGGUGCUGCCACCACUUCGGCCAGUGCUUAAAAAAGCUGUUGAUUGUAUUAUCCACGUCUACAAUACCACAUUGAUUGUGGUACAAAUAAAAAGUUUUAGUAAAAA